CAGCGGGCGGCGGACAGGGCGCGCGCGGACCGGCCUGUGACCAGGGCACCGCGCCGGCCCGGUGACCGGGGUGACCGGCCCAGCAGGGAGCGCGCCCGGACGGACGGACGGACGGCCGCCGGCACCCCCGGGAGCGGCGCCGCUCGGCAGGGGCCGUCCCCGCGCCGCCUCCCGGACAGUGCAAGGCGCGCGUCGCACGUGCGCCGGCGCAGCCGCCGCGCGCCGGGCCGCCCAAAAUACGUGGCUGACGGCGAGGGGCCGGCCGUUGGUUGGCCGCUGGGACGCCUCACGUGCCCGGCGGGCCGCCUCCAGUUGGCAGCAGGGCCUGUUUGGGUCGGGGACGUGUGCCCGCGGCCGCCGCCAACUCGCAGUCGUGCCAACGGCCACCACGUGAGGCGACCCGGCGGCGACCUGACCCGACCCGACCUGGCUGUACCGGGUGGCCGCUGACGGCCCGUGAGACUUGUGACGCCGCCGACCGACUGCUCUCUUCGCCACCACCAUGACGCUGCCGGCCAACAUGCUGCAGAGCCAGGUCGGCAACUUCAACAUGAUACGGGAUGAGUUUCACCCGUUCAUCGAGGCGCUGCUGCCUCACGUCAAGGCCUUCUCCUACACAUGGUUCAAUCUGCAGGCUGCCAAACGCAAGUACUUCAAAAAGCACGAGAAGCGAAUGAGUCUCGAAGAGGAACGCCGCUGUAAAGAAGAACUGCAGAGUGAGAAGGCCGAGGUGAAGCAGAAGUGGGCGUCUCGGCUCCUCGGCAAACUCCGGAAAGACAUCACCCAGGAGUGCCGCGAGGACUUUGUUCUCUCCGUCACCGGUAAAAAGCCAGCCAUGUGCGUGCUGUCCAACCCCGACCAGAAGGGCAAGAUGCGCCGCAUUGACUGCCUGAGGCAGGCGGACAAGGUAUGGCGGCUGGACCUGGUCAUGGUGAUCCUCUUCAAGGCGAUCCCCCUCGAGUCGACGGACGGCGAGCGGCUGGAGAAGUCGCCCGACUGCAUGCACCCGCAGCUGUGCGUCAACCCGUACCACAUCAACAUCUCGGUGCGCGAGCUCGACCUCUACCUGGCCAACUACGUGCACCGGCCCGACAGCAUCCCGGGUAACACGUGCGAGGGCUCAGAGCUGGAGAACGACGACCGGUUCGUCAGCAAAGGCCACCACCACCACCACCACAACCACCACCACCCAGCCAUGUACCUGCAGCAGUGGCCGGGCGCCGACUUCAGCGGCUGCUUCCACUACGGUCACUACAACCACAACCCGUACACCGGCGUGCUUCCCAACGACACCGUUAUGACCACGGGCGUCUUCUCGUCGGCAGAACUGUGGCGACUCUCCAAAGGUUCAAUUGUCUCGCCGAACGGGAUCAGUCCGGCCACGCUCACCACCAUCAAGGUGGAGAACUCGUCGGUCAACUACUACUGCAGCAGCUACACGCCGCCGGCGCCUGACCACCACGGCAUGCUCGUCUCGGGCGCAUACUCCGGCGGGGGUACGCUGGCGAUGCCGCGCGCCUCGCACAGUCCUGCUGCCGAGCCGCGCGUCAAACGGAUGCGCCGGCUCAGCUCUGACGAGGAGCGCGAGCGGCAGGCUGAGAUCGGCUACUACGGCCAGUCGCCCGUCUCGCUGGCCUCGCAGGGCUCAUGGCAUGCCGACGUCGACCACGGCACGCUGGCGGGCGCCGCCCUUCCCCUCGUGCGCACCCCCUCGUCGGAGUCCUCUGGUCAGGAGCACCGCCAGGCCGGCAGUCCGCAUCACAGAGAAGCCGGUCUGUCCAACAUGAUACUGCCGAGCGCCAGUUACUACCAGGAGGGCGAGCAGCACAGCCCCGGCAAGUACCAGGAGAACGGCCACGACACAUUCUCAGACUUUGUAACGCUGGUCUGUCAGGAGGCGCAGAACACGCAGCCCCAGACGUGGAAGUCGUCUACGAUAACCAAAUCUAACGACGCCAGCCGACUGCAGUGGAAAGAAGGCAAGGCGUCCGUCCCGACUGGCAGCGUGUCAGUGACUACCGGGGCCGGCACAGGCCGCGCGCAGCACAAGUACUACAACACUAGUAUGCUGCCGCCGCCGCCUCCGCCGCCCAUGGCGCGGCCGGUGGCCAUCAUACGCUCCACAGCGGACGUGAACUGCGGCGCGGACGCCUCGCCGCCGUCCGCCCACGCCGUCUCCCCGCACGCCGUCUCCGUCGUCAUGGAGACGGACGCCGCGGGCGCCGAGCGGAUGACCUCUCCGCCGACCAGCUCUGCGGGCCAGGCAGCCAGCCCGGAGCCGGCCGGCCGGCGCGCCAGCCCCGUCAUCACGCUGGUUCAGCACGCGGUGACGGGCCAGUUGUACACGUACGCCAGUAUCGCCGGCUCCGUGAGCCCCACCAGCAUGGCGCUGUACACGUCGCCGCCGCGCUCAGCCGCCAGCAGUGUGGUGCGCAUGUCCACCUCGGCGGCGGCGGGCGGCGGCGGCGGCGGCGGCGCGGCCGGCGCCGGCACCGGCUCCGGCGCCAGCCGCUGGAACCAGCACUUCAUCCUGGAGGAGAACGUCGACUACGGCAUGAUGCAGAGCCUGCUGCCGGCGGCCGGCGGCGCCGACGUACCCGCCGGCAUCAUCGACGAUGACCGGUACUUCAGCUCUGUGGUACACACCGGCGACGGCAUCGAGUCGACGGCCAGCUCGGCGACGGCCACCGUGGUGGUGCCCUCGCCGUCCAGCCAGCCGCCCGGCUCGCCCAGCGCCAAGUCGCAGCCGUGAGGCGGCUCUAGUCAGCGCGGCGCGUGCACCGAGGGAGGGCGGCCAGCGGCGGCGGGCCGGCGGCGCCGCGCGUACUGAGAGCGCUACCUGCGUGACACACUCACUCACACACACUGCGGUUCUAGUCGUUUUGUUCAGGCUGGCGAACGUUUGAGUCGGGGCCGCCGCCCCAUUCUGUGAUACGCGUUACUAGCGGAGAGUUUCGUUCGCCUCUGCAUGACGGGCGAAGAGCGCGCGCCGUCGAGAAGGUCGCCCGCCGCCCGGCCCCGCCACCGCCGCCGCCGCCGCCGCCGGAGCAGCAGCAGCAGCAGCAGCCGGCCGAGCGGAGGCCGCCCGCCGCCGCCGCAGCCGCCCCAGUUAGGACGUAUAGCGUGAGGAAUGCUAGGUCUUUCAGGCACUAGAGUAGCCGACAUAGUUGCCUUGUCUCAUUAUGCAAUAGUCGACUGUGUGGGUAGGUCGUGUUGUGAGUGGUGACAUAGAGAGAGGUCGGUACGCGCGCGACGCCAGAGGCCCAGUUUGCCGCAGCUAAUCAGUAACACCUGCGAGCGCGCGUGGACGUGCAGUCCCGGUACUCAUCUGGUCGGCGCUGAGCGGGGGUCGGGUGGCACGGCCGCCCGUGUGUUGGUCAGUCCAGUGGAGCCGACUGUCGGCCGCCUGCGCGAGCGGCCCGCCUGCCUUGGUGCCGCCAAACCCAGCCGGGCUCGCCGGCUAGCGCUCUUCCGCAACGUGGCCCGCUACAAGCAAUAAGAUGACCAAAAAUGGGCGCGGCCGGGCGAGGCAGCGCCCCUGCCUGGCUCGCCCGUUUCGGCCACGCCAUUGAUACGUCCCAUUGUGUACAUAUGCCGAGCGCUGACCUGCGGUUGUUGACAAGGACCUAGCGUAGUCUUCCCGUGUGGUGCCGUCAUGUUAUAUAUACCUACAUAUAUACUUAUUUAUAGUCCGAAUCGUGAUGACUAACUCCAUUUUUGAUAUACACGGAUUGGCGGGCCGGCCAGCCGCGGAUCCCCGGCAGGGCGGCUGGCUGCGGCGCCCCCUUCCGGACCAUACACCCGGCGAGGAGGCGGCCGAGCGCCCGCCCCGGCCCGGCCCUCCCCGGCUCGCGCUGUUUUUAUUUAUCAUUGCUCUGUGUACGUGGUGUGUUUUCUGUGUUUGAGAGCUGACGCCGGGGCCGGACGGUGUGCCGGCGCCGCUGCCGGCGCAGGCUCGCGAGCUGCCGUCCGUGCCCGCCGGCGCCACCCCGGCGCUCCGGGCAUUCUGUUGAAAUUGUUUUCGUUAUACACUGUGUGUGUAAACUGUUUUGCCAACAUAUUUUUAGUUUCUUUUGGUACUGAAAAUUUAGCUUUAAAUAAUUGACAAACAUACGAAGAAUGCGGAAUACACAAUAAAAACCA